UCGAAGUUUGAGCCAAUGAGAUCGUCCGAUUCGUCCAAGAGGCGGGACCUUCAUGAUCAUAGCAACGUCACUUGCGGCGGGUGUUUCAACAUGGCGGCGGCUGAAAGAAGAAAUGGAAAAUCUGCAAUCAUUUGGACGAAUAGUGUAUCAGAUGAAGAUGAGCCUUCGGCAUUUGUUCCCGGUGUGGACAAAGUAGUCUCUUUUAAACCAGGCAGCACAAAUGUUACGAGUAAAAGAAGCACCACCGUGCAAGCCAGAUGCAAUUCCAAAGCGAAAAAUGGCGGAAAAGUGUGCAACUUAAAAAGUGAUCAGUGUUGGUCCUUUGUAAACAAAAAUGGAUUGCCCCUGGCCACUGCUUCUGCGACCACAGACACCAGCCUAUCGUCAGGUUCCAUACCCCCAAUAUCCCAGGUUAUAUCUGGACUUGGCAUAGUCCAGAGCCAGGCCUGCCUGAAAGACCUCUGUCCGGAAGACAAACGACGCAUUGCAAACCUCGUGGAAGAACUCGCCAGGGUAAGUGAGGAGAAGGAGGAGUCGGUGCAGCGCCUUCAAGAUGAACAUAAUACUUUUGAACACAAGAUCCAACAGCUGGAGCAACAGAACCUGUUCAUCGCACAUGAAAGAGAAAACCUGCAGCAGCAGUACAGAGAGUGCCAGGAGCUGCUUGGGCUCUACCAACAAUACCUUUCUCUGCAACAAAUGAAGCUCAACCAGUCCAUUACUGAGCUUAGCCAGGCACAAGCUCACUCUAAGGUGCUCAGCAGUGAAGAAGCCACUAGCAGGACGACUAGCCAAGCUAAUGGCCUACUGUUUGAUGGCUCGUACCUCAGCCAUGCUGCUACGCAAGCGCAACAGCCUCAAGUGCGCAGGAGAAGUAGUGGAAGAGCAGGAGCCUUGCAAACUGCCAGUAUUUCUACUCCUAUUUCCUAUGAGGGUCAGGUCUGUCCGCCUGAUGAGCAUACAGUUCAGACAAGGGAAUGUGAACCGCAGCACUAUCAAGGCACUUUCCAAGACAGUAGAUAUGGCACCCAGGAACGCACCACCAAUGGCCAUUCCCUUGACAACAGCUGCCAGAACACCUUUAUCCAAAGGCACCAAGGUGGGGAUAACUUGGCGGCUCAGACCAGGGAAGCCCUUACUAGCCCUCUAUUGGGCCGAAAGGACUGGGAGGAGAAGAGGCACCAGCUGCUGCUGCAAAACAUGCAGCUGGAGAUGGAGCGAGAGAAGCUGCGGGCACGACUGGCUGACCAGGAGGAGAGGAUCAGCAGACAGAAUCAGCAGUUGUGCCAGUCACGCCUCGAUUGCAAAAAGCUUCAAGAAGCUCGUCAAUCCAAACUCAGCACCUCAAUUGAAAAUAAGAAAACUCCACAGUCAGACGCUCCUCACCACCAAGAUUUGGCCCCAAGUGGCACAGAGAGUGGCCCUGGACCACAACGCUUACGAGACAGUGCUUCUCAGACUGCACCAUUGGACAAAACUCUUGGCUCUUGUGAAGCCGCCUCGGUGCUAUCAACAAAGGACACAGCCACAUCUGCAGAGGUGCCUGCAAGUCCUGCGAAGCUCGUCAUGGCACCUGCGACACGAAAGACAUCUGAAAACAGGUCGGACUUUUCUUUAGUUGAGUUAUUGGAUCUCUUUAGUCCGGUCUCGGCACACGGACAAUGCAAACUGUCGUCCCGAAGGGCCAAAUCAUCACAACGUGGACCGGCGCUCACGACCCCCAAAUCGUUCUUCAGAGGUCAGAGGCCUCAUCCUCCGAGUCGCCAACAGGACUUAGAAGAAAGUCAAAUAUUGGAGGACAUUUUCUUUAUUUGCUGACAAAUACAUUUUAAUACAUUUUUUUAUAUACAGUAUCUAGACUUUCAUAAUGAAUUCAUGCGUUUUUGAGUGAACCUUUGUUAUAUUUGGAAUACAAAUAAACCUUU